AUGGGGAAGAUAAGCAAGAAGCCGCAGGAGAAGCACAACACAUCUCUCUCUCCAGCGGUAACGCAGUUCGUCGACAAAAUCAACACUGCACCCUACGCCCACUUGCCGCCUCUGCUUAAGAAGUGGGAUGAGAGAUGGCCCUAUCCGAGAGGCGACUUGAUGAACUGGGUCGGCCCUUUGGAUCGUUUCGACGAAAUCUUGGAGAUCUUCAUCCAGAAAUAUGGUCUUGAUAAAGGUCCACAGACAAUACCAUUCGGAGUGGCAGUGUUGGUGCAAGGUUCCCCCGAUAUUCCAGAGCAGACUAUCGUGGAAAAGUGUGGUCCUGAUGGCGAUCGGCUUCUCAUCCAGUCAAUCCUCGAUUUCUCGCGCUUGCUGGUCGAGAAAUGUGCCAAUCGAGCAGUGUACAACAGCUCAGAUCGCCUGAAUGAUCUUCUCAACACAACUUCACCACGUCUGCUGCAUCUCACCCUGCGUCUUACCGUCUAUCUGGCACAGAGAUUCUACGAGCGUCGUUCGACCGGCCUAGACGGCGGUCUCUCUAAGUUCUACGAGUACGAUCAGCACCGACUACUGUGUAUUGUCCGGCCGAGUGAGCGAGACAUAUUCGUCAAGGCCCCUGGCUCGCCCACGAAACUCACUCGGACCAAGUCUGGUACGACUAAGGCUUCGACCGCAGCUACUAUGCCUGGUCUGGACGGUCAGAAGAAGCCCAGUGGUGACACAGCCAUGAACUUGGGGUCUGUCGAUUCGGAGCAGCAGGUUCGCAUACACAUCAAAGUAAGCUGGCAUGCUCAGAUUACUGAGCCGAAUGGCCAAGAUGGGUCCACAGUCACAGCGCCUGCAACAUCUUCCACGCCGACUACGCCUACACCUCUGCGCCGCCAGACUAGCGCCACUUCCAAACCUCAGCCGGCGGAGGCAACGCGCGAUUCGCCCAAAGAGUCCUCAUCGCUGCGUUCGAUCGAAUUCUACGACCGGGACUUGCAGACCAUGACCGUGGAAGAAGCGCUCAGCAAGUGUCCAUUGGACAUGCCAGCUGACGCUCGGUACGAUCUACUCAACAAGCUACGGUAUGCUUAUGCCGCGCUCAUUACCGAAAAGCGGCCCGUUCGACGAGACCUUACCGCUGCCCGUCUUCUUGGCUUUCAGAUUCUCGGCAAUGUCUCUUCUGACGCAGAUUUGUUCCGAGACCUGGCUGCAAAGGAUCCUGCAAAAGCCGCCAUAGUUGCACGCUCGUUGGUUAGUAUCAUGGAAAAGAUUACUGGUGAUGUUCAGGGUCGCGACCACUAUCUCAUGACGCUCGGAGCCGAGGCUAUUGGAGUACUGAUCCGGCACAAGACGUUCACUACGGAGCUGACUACUGCAUUGGGUGCGACCUCAUCUAACGGCAUACUCAUUCGCUUGACCAAUUCUGCGUUGAGCACCCUGGCGACAGACGGUGAUUCAUUAGACAAUGCAGAAGGAGAUGCUUGGCGAGAGGCUAUCCUGACUCUGCCACGACUGAUCACCGAAUCUACUGGUCAACACGGACGUAGUAGCAGUGAGACGGUAUUCUCAACGGCCUUCAUUGCUGCUUAUGUUGGAGGCCUGCGCAUCACAACAGGCAAAGCUAUGAGAGUUCAUGUCCGCAUGCUGGAUUUCGUCAAGACCUUUUUUCAUCAAUACAAGGACGGCUUGCAAGUUCUGCUGUCAGUCGACACCUUUGAGAUUGUUAGCAGCUUACUACGAGAGGUCGCCGAAGAUGCAUGGCAGCAGGUCCGAGCAGGCAAAGGUAUUCCGGCAGCGUUUAAGACUCGCUUGACAGACUACGAUAUUCCAUACAAUCAUAGGCAGGUUAUCCGGUCCAUCAUCGACAUGAUUAAUGAUGUCAGUGGCCAUCAUGGCGCAAAUGCGGAUCGCGCAGCUCGGAGUUUGGUUGAUGCCCAGUCGUUGCUGGUUGCUUUCAAGUUGAUACUUGACCAAAUGAAUGCUUUUGGUCCAUUGACUUGGAGCGAGGUCGUCAAGGCUAUUACGACCUUUCUGAACAACGAGCCCACAUGCUACACGGUCAUCGCCGAGGCUGGGAUCAUCAAGAGUUUUGUCAAGACUGUAACAGGUAGCGACGAACUCAACCAGAUCGAGGUUCCGGACGACAGCGAGGAGGACUCUGGCGAAGAAGGGCCGACAUUUUCCAGCAAAUCCGAGCAGCCAUCAUCGAAACUUCCCAAUUCUUUCGAGGCCAUAGUCAAUACGGCCCUGAUGUUUCAGGCGAUGUGCCUUACGACUGCGGGCUAUGACACAUUCCGCAGGGCGGGCCUUGUGGAAAAGUUUUUUGAAGUCUUCGAGUCCCCAGCACACGUCCGGGUCAUGAAAGACAUGCGCGCCCUUGGGAACACCUUUGACGAGCUCAUCCGACACUACAUUGGUCUUAAGGAUUCCAUCAUGGGCUCCGUCAUCAUCAUGAUGGCACGUGUGCGGCACAUUACACAAGCGAUGGCUGGCGAUUGGGGCGCAGGACCGGUCAUCUACGAUCAAGGGCCUGACGGAAGACUCUUGAUUGCAGGCGGAACUGAGUCUUUGCAAAUUGAGGUCGUCCCACCGCCACGAGGACAGCCGCCCGAAAAUCGCGCCAUUGCUUUGCCGGGCAGGAAGACGCUCAUCGUCCAUGACGCGGCUGCGAAUCCGAUGAAGAGCGAGCACCCUCAGAGUGAGGACUCAUACGGUUUGAGCGCUUCGGACUACCUGCGGCCGGCCAUCGGUUUCCUAGCCAAUUUCUUCAGAACCCAAUCCCUUUGCUCAUCCUUUCUGGACUGGAUCGGAACCGGAGACCUUAUCAUCGACCUGGUCACUAUGCCCAGUCUGCCCGUCACGGAGUACUCAGUCGGCAUGCAUGGCCAUAUGGAAGAGCUCGCCAAAGUUGUGCACAUGAUGGCUGAAGUCAAGCCUCAUCUGAUACUCCCGAUACUCAUCGACCGCACGCGAUACGCUUGCGAAGAAUUCAAGCUUCACGCCGGCCAGAUCGCCCCACGAGGCAAGAGUGUGUUUGGUCGUCUCGUCUCGCCGCCAAAAUCAGACGGCCUAAAGACCGACAACUCAGAGAAUGAUCCGCAGAUCGACAAUGGAACCUACGUGGCCAAGUGCCUGAUGGCGAUCUUCUGUCUCUCGCAGGUCCUUGGCGAGCCAAGUCAACGUGCGGAUAUUCUAGCAGAUCUGUGUAUUGUGCUCGGCGAUAUUUGCGUCGUUUGCGUACGCGAAGCCAUCGUGCUUCAGACCAUCCUGCCGGAAACCUGGGUCAAGGCCACAAAGCCGGAAAACUUUUCGACUGGGGAUGACGACGUCGACCAAAUAUUGCAAGUUUGGGACAACUCGCCAACAGGCCUUCAGACACUGGACGAGGACGAUGAAAUUGCCCAAGCCAGAGGAUUGGCCGCCUUUAAGAACGUCCAAGCUCUGCGAUGCCUUCUACUUGAGACGCCAGCAGCUUUGGCUGAGCUUCUUGGGGCCAUUGGUCAUGGCAUAGCUGGUGGUCGUAAGAAGCCAGAUACUAUGACGCGACAAAAGGCCGACGUAGUGGCUAAGGCGAUCGCUCAAGCUCUCCUGAAACAGCUUCAACCUGAGUUUAUCACAGCUGACGAAACCAAUCCUAUCGCACUGGACAGACUUGGCAAAUAUCAGUACUUGGGUGCCGUGCUCGUCAACGUGCGUAGUGCUCUGCAUGACGAUCUGCAAGGGCUAGGCACCGGAGAGUUCUGUCAGAGCUACAUGCUGAAACGUUUCAAAGACAUGAAUGGCUUGCAGUGUUUACGAAGAAUUGGCGAAGAUUUCUUCGAGGAACUCACGCACUCGAAGCUGGAGUUGACAGCAUUUGCUGCCAAUGCUGGACUCAAAUUGUGCCUGGAUAUCUUCGACAUCUUAACAACGGCCAAAGUCGUGAUUAGCGCCCCUCAGUCGAACUACAUGAAGAACUCUGAUCCAUCUAAGAGUUGUUACUUCGUCCCUUCGCAAACCCUGCUGGAGUUUCGGAUGGAAGCUAUGCCAUUCGUCCUCAAGGUGUGGACGAGUGACUACAUCGAGCAGGCCUCACGAAUUGUUGUCUUCAAGCUAAUCUCUAUCAUCAAGCACGUGCUGCAAGGCGACGGCGAAGAUGAAGUCAUCCGAAGGAACGGUGAUCAUCCUCAGAUCUCGGUGGAUGCAUUCCGCAAAUUCAGCGUUACCACAGAACGUAUUGAGGCACUUACGAGCUCCAGCCACGACAGAGAUCUUGCAAUCGAAGCUCUUUUUCGGACAAACAGCAGCACGAUGAACCAUGAGUCUGUCGCAAGAGACUACAUGACGCUGUAUGAGAGCAAUGCGCGGGUACGUCGGUUGCCUCCGCCGGAGAGUGCCAUUGAUGUACCAUCGACGCCGGGAAGCGGCCUGAACGCCCCUAAGCAAGGCGAUCUCUCCCGUCCUGGUUCUGCAAAUCCCUCAACGACGAAUGGUGGUCCCACCAGCAGCAUGGACAGCGAAAUGCAUGGAAUCUCCUCGGACGAUGCUGCCAGUCCGCCGCGACCACAAACUUCUUCUGCCAUGGACAUAAAGAACAUCCUCAACCACACCGACGACAAACAGCCGCCGAAAGCGACUCCGCAAGUACCCCACGCGCUUUACUCACUUGAAUCUUUAGACCAAAUGCGGGCCGAAGUUCGCAGCAAUCUGGCUGAGCAGUGUAACAAUGUACUGAAUACCCACCAGGAUAUGGUUUUUGAUCUGAGCGAUUUGAUAUCGAGUGCCGCGAAGAAAUUGAAAGAGCCUGAGGAUGCAAGUUACUGGGAUUCGACUUCGGAUCUGCUUGUCACUUCUCUGCUCUCCAUGCAGUCCGACGCAGUCAUUUCUGAAGAUCAAGGCAAGAGCAUUGCAGCUGCGGCACAUCUGAUCGCACUCCUCAUCCAGGAUCGCCGGGUCUUUGAUCCAGCACUGCGCGUUUUUUGGGAGAACUUUGAUGGUCUGCUCUCAUUCUUAAAGCUGAAUCCUAUGCAAUCCCGCUCAGGCGACAACGCCUAUCCUUGGGUUGCAUCCACCCUUCUGCUCUUCGAGCAAAUGCUGUCGAAAGAUAGCGAGCCCGCCAAGGUAAUCUGGCAUCAACCACGCGAUGUCGAUGUUGCUGUCGCAGACCCAAUUCUCGAAGAACCAGCGACCCUGAGCCUCGACCAGAAACAAGAGCUCUUCCGUGUCUUGCUUGACUGCCUCCCAAAGGUCGGCAAGGACAAGUCCAUGGCGCUAUCGAUCACUCGCGUCCUGGCUAUUCUCACUCGUCAACGCGAAGUUGCGCUUAUGCUGGGCGAAAAGCGAAACCUGCAGCGGCUUUUCCUCAUGGUGAAGCAACUUGGUCCCGGUGUCUCGACUCGGUUCUUGAGCUCUUUCAUGUUGGUCCUACGACACAUCAUUGAAGACGAGGAGACUCUCAUACAGCUGAUGCGUAGCGAGAUCCAAGCCUUGUUCAGUGGCCGCAGUUCGUCCAGAGCGCUUGAUCUCAAUACGUAUACUAGGGACUUGCAUCAUCUGGCAAUCCGGUCGCCCAAGGUGUUCGUCAAGGUAUCCAUGGACAUGAUCAAGUUCACCGCUUGGCAGUCGAAUCUCGGUUCUGCUUCACUGACACUCAAAGAGACCGGACCUGUCGAUGGCAAUGCACCAGACCCUAACGCACCGGUCGAAGAGCAGGCCGCCAACAGUGUCGAAGGAGACGAGACUCAGACGAGCGAGGCCAAACACAAAGCUGGAGAGGUGAAGCUCUCUGUUCCGGACAGUCCUGAUGGAGUUGUUCACUUCCUUCUGUCGGAGCUCCUGAGCUACAAAGACGUUGAUGACAAAGACGUCCCACAUGUCCCAAGACCAAAUUCCGAAGACUUGAGCUCGACAUCAGAUCCCCUGGUUAUGCCAACAAUGGCUCCCGCAGAGCUCUCCAGCGCAUCCUCUGAUGACGACCAGGCCGGGGAGGUCGAAAAGUCCGACAAGUCACCCUUCAAGUCUGAAGAGCACCCGAUUUUUAUGUAUCGGUGCUUCCUCUUGCAGUGUCUGGUCGAGCUUCUGCACUCCUACAACCGCACGAAACUCGAGUUUAUACACUUCUCUCGCAAGUCGGACCCUAUGGCCGUCACCCCGUCCAAGCCGCGCUCUGGGAUCUUGAACCACGUAUUGAACGGUCUCGUCGCUUCCGGCUAUGUCGACAAGGACGACAACUCUGUUCAUUGCAAGAAACGUCUGGCUGUGUCCGACUGGGCCAUCAAAGUCCUCGUUGCCUUGUGCUCAAAGACUGGCGAGAAAGGCAGAGCCGGGCUGAAUCAGAGAUACUCAACGGUGGCGAGCCAGGUCAACGAUCAAGAUGACGAGCCAGACCUUACACUUGUGCGGCGCUUCGUGCUCGAGCAUGCCAUCAAGGCUUUCAAGGAUGCCACAGCUUCCACCGAGCCGCUACAGACCAAGUACAGCAAGCUUCUGUGUUUGUCUGAUAUGUUCAAGCGACUUCUAUCCAAGCCUCCGACCACUGACGGUGCAGCUGGCGCGGGCAACAAUUCUUACAAGAUCCUGGGUCGGAUGAUGUUUGAGAAGAAUCUCAUCUCUGUGUUGACUUCUUCAUUAGCGGAGAUCGACCUUUCGCAGUCUGGCGCACGAAGAGUGAUCAAGUUCAUUCUUCGACCAUUGCAGGAGCUCACCUCUCUUGCUACACAGCUCAGUCUGACCUCGCCAGAAACGAUCACGUCAGUUCUCGGUACCACUUCAGACGACGACAUCUCCUCAGCAUCGUCAGUUUCCGAAGUCGAAGAUGAGCGCGAAGAGACUCCAGAUCUUUACCGUAAUUCUACACUCGGUCUGCUUGAUCCCAAUCGUGAGGAGGAAUCAGACUCUGGUGAUGAAGACGAUGAAGAUGCUGAUGAGGAGAUGUAUGAGGAAGAGGAGUACGAUGACGAGAUGGACUACGAUAAUGGCAUGCCGGUUGGCCAAGAGGACGACGACGCCAUCUCCGACGCGGACGAAUCUGGGAAUGAUAUGGGCCCUAUGGAAGGUUUGCCAGGCGACGACGACCCCGAUGAUGUGGAACUCGAAAUCGAGAUGAACGGCGAAAUGUUGAAUAACGGUGAAGGUCAAGGCAUGGCAGAAGGCCUCAACCACCUCCUGCGCGUUCUGCACAAUACUGACCCAGAGAACGAUGCGCCAGGCGUUGUUGGCAUGGAUGCUGACAACUUCGAUCGCCUACAUAACGAAGAAGAGCAUGAGGACGGCGUGCUUGAAGAAGAAGAAGACGAUGAUGAAAUGGACGACAACGAAGAUGCGCUCAUCAGAGAGCAAUUUGACGACUUCAUGGACGGCGACAUGGAAGAAGACUACUAUGACGACCAGUGGACUUUCGAGGAGGCAAUGACUCGACCUCAGCGAGGGUAUGCACGCCGUGGUGCAGGGAGACCCAAUGCAAUUGCCCGUGUGCCACCUGUCUUCUCAGUCCCUGGAUUCAGAGCUGCAGAGAUGCCAGCACAUGGUUUCAUCCGUCCACCCGUUUCGAAUCGACGCAGAGCAGGUCACGACGACAACGAUGGCACUAAUCCAUUGCUGCAGCGACCUGAGUUGGAGACUGGCCAGCGUAGUGAGCCGGAAUUCCGGCCAAGCCACCUUACCCGUCCAGAUGGGCCCGCAACACAAUAUGCUGUUCGGACGAACCCCCAGGCAGACGCUCACGCAGCGCUUCGAAGCCUCGAGCAAAGCGCAGGUCCUAUUAGCCGACCCGGCGAAUUAUUUGACUUCCUCGCCAGAAUCAGAACUGAGCUCACUGGACUCGGUGGUCCCGACAAUGGCGCAGGCCAUCCAUUCAGUAUCCAAGUCAGAGCCGGAGAGCGUUUGCCGCCGGGAACUAGACUGCCGUUUGGGAUGUCUAGCACCGGAGGCGCUGGACCUCGUCCACGAGAAGACCCCUCUCGGGCUGUCAACUUCACGCCCUCAUCAACGAUGGUCCGAUGGCAAGAAGAGCGAGCUAUUCUCUACGGCAACCAGUAUCUAGAGAGAGUGCAGCAGAUCCAGAAGCUUCUCAUCUGGAUGCUGACGCCACUUGCUCAGGAGGAAGCGAGAGAUCGUCGGAGAAAGGAGCGCGAAGCAGAGGCCGCAGCCAAGACAGCUAGAGAGGAAGAAGCCCGUCUUGCCAUGGAACAGAAAGUCAAAGAGGAAGAAGAACGUGUUGCUGCUGAGAAAGCUGCUGAGGAGCUCCGCCAGGCUGCUGAAGCCGAGGCCGCGUCUGCAGCAGCUGCUUCGACUGCCAAUGACGAGGCUCCAGCAGAGCAAGCUGAGACUGCAGAGCCAAUGGAGGGCGUCCAGACGAGUGGGGACACUGAGGCUGCUGGCGAGGUUGGGCAGUCGGCCCCAGCAGAGGCUCCUGCACAACCACGCGUGUUUGCAACGAUCCGCGGCCGAGAACUCGAUAUUACUGGUCUCGAUAUCGACCGAGAAUACCUGGAUGCGUUACCCGAAGAAUUACGGGAAGAGGUUAUUCUGCAGCAGCUCAGCGCUCGCCGUGAAGAGGUCCAGCAGCAGCAGCCGCGUGCAACCACCAGCACCGAAGUACCGAUCGAUGCCGGCAGAGGCUCUGAGUACCUCGAUGAGUUCAUGAACGCGUUGCCUGAAGAACUUCGUGAGGAAGUCCGCGAGACUGAAGCAUUGGCUCGGCGACAGCGUGAGCGCGAAUCUGCUCGUCGGGAAGCUGCUGCGUCAGCCGGCCGACCGCAGGCUGAAGAUAUGAAUGCGGAUGACUUCUUUGCGACUCUGGACCCCGCUCUGAGACGUGUCAUACUGUCAGAGCAACCUCAAGAUAUCCUCGACCGCCUUGAUCCGCGUCAUGCUGCCGAAGGCCGUGAGCAUGGUCACCACACUUUCCGCUAUGGCAAUGUUGCUGCCCGCCGGGAGCCAGCAAGACAGGCCGACGGCAGCGCACAACGCGAAAAGCGACAGGUGGUGCAGCUCGUCGACAAGGCUGGAGUAGCUACUCUUCUCCGGCUUAUGUUCCUGCCCCAGCAGGGCUCGCUCCGUUCAAACCUGUGGCAUGUCCUUCGCAACGUUUGUGGCAAUCGACAGACUCGAUUCGAGGUCAUCAGUAUGAUUUUGGGGAUCCUGAAGGAAGGCUCAUCUGAUCUUGGUGCCGUCGAACGCAGUCUCGCCAGCCUGUCUCUGCGAGCCAAGGCCACUGGUCCUCAGAAGACACCACAGCCUCUGAAGAGAACCUUGUCAAUUCCACCAAGCGCUGGUCUCAGCGAGGAGGUGACCCCACUCGUCGUUGUGCAGCAAUGCCUAUCAGCCCUCAAGCAGCUCUCACAGCAUGGAUUCCACGUCCGCACACUUUUCUUGCGAGAGGUCGAUAUCAGCAACAACGCCAAGAACAAGAAGGGCAAAGAGAAAGAGGCUCGGACGACCAAGUUCCCAGUCAACGACCUCAUCAUUCUGCUUGAUCGCAAACUCAUUACCGAGAGUUCUACCAGUCUGCAGUCCCUUGCAGAGCUGCUAGCUGCAGUCACAUCACCGCUUCAGGUACUGAUGAUCAAAGAGAAAGAUGCCGCAAAGGCGGAGGAAGUCGGGACCGCAGAGCCAACAAUCGCGACCGCUACCCAGUCUCAGCCGGAGGAUGCAACCAUGACCGAAGCACCAGCAGACGCGACAACAGCUGAACCUGCCAACGAGGGAGAUGGCUUGGCAGAGAAGCAGGGCGACGAGAAGGCUCCGGAAAGCAAGCCACGAAAGACCUUCGCACCACCAAUCAUUCCUGAGAAGAACCUUCAGCUCAUUGCCGACAUCUUCCUUACGCCGGAGUGCGGCAACGAUACCUUCCAUGCGACGCUCGAAACAAUGGCCAACAUUUCCACCAUACCUGGUUCCAACGAGGUGUUCGGCAAGCAAUUAAUUGGACACGUUCAGACAUUGUCGAAUUCGCUUUGCAACAACUUGACGGAGCUCUUACCUCAGCUGCGCGAUGCUCAGUCGACCAGUGAUCUUCAGGGCAUCAAUGCGAAGUGGCGGUCCACACAACCUUUCACCAACAGCGGAUCGGAACAAGUCAAGCUACUUCAUGUUCUGAAGGCUCUCGAUUAUCUGGCAGAGCCCAAGAAGAGCAACGAGAAAGCCGAAAGCGCGACUGUGAAGAGCAUUUUGACAACAUCAUACGACAGCCUCUCGUUAGCUCCGCUAUGGUCGAAACUUAGUGAGGCGCUCGCUAUCAUGGGAGAGAAAGACAACGCGAUCGCUUUCGCCGGCAUUCUGCUGCCGCUCAUCGAAUCUCUGAUGGUGGUAUGCAAGAAUACAUCUCUCAAGGAGGCUCCACUUGCUCAACAGUUGCGCGAAGAAGGCCCGACGACACCGGUCAUGGAGGAGCUGGAUGAUCUGGAACAGCUGUUCUUCAACUUCACCACCGAGCACCGCAAGAUCCUGAAUGACAUAAUACGUCAAUCUCCCAAGUUGAUGCAAGGCAACGGCAGUUUCAGUCUAUUGGCCAAGAACUCCAAGGUCCUUGACUUCGACAACAAGCGAGCGUUCUUCGCGAAGCAGAUCCAUUCGAGACUUCAUGCACAGCGACACGUCCAGCCACCACUCCAGCUCAAUAUUCGGCGCGACCAAGUCUUCCAGGACUCUUACAAAGCCUUGUAUUUCAAGAGUCCAGAUGAGAUGAAGUACGGAAAGCUCAACAUCCGAUUCAAUGGCGAGGAAGGGGUCGAUGCCGGAGGAGUUACACGAGAAUGGUUCCAAGUUCUUGCUCGUGGCAUUUUCAACCCUGACUGGGCUCUCUGGCAGCCAGUUGCUUCCGAUAAGACCACAUUCCAUCCCAACUCGUUGAGCUGGAUCAACGGCGAGCACUUGGUCUACUUCAAAUUCAUUGGACGCAUCAUCGGCAAGGCCUUACACGAGAGUAGAGUUCUCGAUUGCCAUUUCAGUCGUGCGGUGUACAAGCGAAUGCUUGGCAAGCAGCCCAACCUCAAGGAUCUCGAGAGCAUGGAUCUCGACUACUACAAAUCCUUGUGCUGGAUCCUCGAAAACGACAUCACGGACAUCAUCACAGAGGACUUCUCCGUUGUCGAAGAGCAGUUCGGCGAAGAGAAGAUCGUUGAUCUGAUCCCCGACGGUCGCAAUAUACCAGUCACAGAGGACAACAAGCGCGACUACGUUCAGAAGCUAGUCGAAUACCGUCUUACCGGUUCCGUCAGUGAGCAAUUGGAGAAUUUCGUCAAGGGUUUCCACGAUAUUAUUCCAUCCGAGCUUGUCUCCAUCUUCGACGAGCAGGAACUCGAGCUUUUGAUUUCUGGGUUGCCUGAGAUCGACGUUGAUGACUGGAAAGCCAAUACGGAAUACCACAACUACAACGCUAACAGCCCACAAGUGACGUGGUUCUGGCGCAUUGUGAGAUCUAUGAGCAAUGAAGAGCGCGCGAAGUUGUUGCAGUUCAUCACGGGUACGAGUAAAGUGCCGCUCAAUGGGUUCAAGGACUUGGAGGGCAUGCAAGGAACGACUCGAUUUUCCAUUCACCGAGAGCCUAACCUCCACCGCUUGCCGACGAGUCAUACCUGCUUCAAUCAACUCGACCUGCCAGCCUAUGACAACCAGGAGAGCUUGAAGACGAGUCUCAUGAAGGCCAUCAAUUUGGGUGCUGACUAUUUUGGCUUUGCCUAA